CAUCAUCUAUCAAACCCCAUCUUCUUCUCAGCUGAAGCAUCUCUCAGGGGAGGAAAAACCCCCAUCUCUGAACUCUACAACCAAAGCGAAGGUGCAUGGAUGUGGAACCCUAGAAAUUAUCACAAAAAGGAUGACUGGGAAGACGAUGACGAAUCAUGGGAGGUCAAGGCUUUCGAACAAGACAUGAAGGGGAACAUGGCCGGAACCACUUGGCCUCCCAGGUCUUACACUUGUAAUUUCUGCCGGAGAGAGUUCCGGUCGGCUCAGGCCUUAGGCGGUCACAUGAACGUCCACCGCCGCGACCGAGCCGCUAGGGCUCCCACUCCCCCCGCCGCUCGCGCUUGCAAUUCUUGCGCUCCGCCGUUUCCUACUCUUGUAAUCCAACCCACAGCUGAGAGUUUGUGCCAUUUCUACCAACUCCCAAACCCUAGUGGCAUUUUUGGUAAUUCCGGUGAUGUGAGCCUCUCCGGAGCCAUUGGUGCAACGUCAUCUCCUGACUCUAACGCUCUAUUUCCGUCGUGUAACUUGGGAUUUUCGCAGUUGGGUUUUCCAGAGGACAUGCCACGGCUUCUGGAAUCUUCUGACGGAGAUAAGAACCUUCGGUCCAUUGAUCAUAUUGGUGAAACAUGCUUUGAUUUGAAUGGUCUAAGCAAGAACAACUUCAAAGAGACAUGCACGGCGGUGGAGGAGCCUGAUCUUGAACUUCGUCUAGGGCAAAAAGAUUCCGCAGCUCCACCGUAGCAAACAACCGAGGACUCGACGUCGUGUUUACACAAAGGUUCUUCACAUGUCUUGUUCUGAAUACAUUUCUGUUUGAAUUUUGCUUUGUGAUUGGUUGUUUUUCAAUGCGAAGAUGGUUUUCACAA